CCAAUCAGCAGUCACUUUCUCCCGACGUCCUGUGACGCUGCGGAAGUGAAGACUUAAGGCUGUGUUGUCUUCCUUUCGAAUUCUGCUGGCUUUUCAAAGCUGUUUCGUUUGUGUUUGAUGGACGUGGGUCUCUCGUCAGGUGUCGCCAUGGCAAAGCAGCCGCUUGGGAAGACAUUGUUGAGGAAUGUAAUCCGACACACAGAUGCCCACAACAAGAUCCAAGAGGAGAUGGAGAUGUGGAAGAUGAGAGACUGGGAGAUCCAGGCAUCCGACCACAAACAUCUACCCAGCGCAGACAUUAUGAGAGGAGGAAUGCACUGCGAUCGAAUGUCCGACCAUCCCAGAAACACGAGCGCCGGCAGAGAGCGAGCAUCGGAGCACGACGACAGAGAGGCUCGGUACUGGACACGCAGGCUCUACGAAUUUGAGGCCGGUGAUCCAGACAGGUGGGGGCACAGUGGCUUCAAGGAGCUCUAUCCUGAGGAGUUUGACAGCGACAGUGACAAAAGUGUAACCAUGAAGAAGAACAGACACCGCAAAAUGAAGAAAUCCAAGUCUGGCACCGAAGCAUGUCUGUCAAAGAGGUCCAAAAAAUUGUCCCGAAAGAAGAAAAAGAAAAAGAGGAAGAAAGCAGAGUCUUCGAGCGACGACAGCAGUACGGGCGACAGAAGUGAGACGAAAGACAAGCAAAGGAAAAAAAAGAGAGGUAAAAGUCGACACAAAAACAAGAAAAGUGUGAAAAUCCAAAGGAGAGAUGAGGACAGCAGCUCGGAAGAAGGCAACAGCGGAGGAACAAAGGAGAGACGGACUAACGGUCGCAAAAAGCGAAAGCGCGACUCCCUCAAGGACUCGGACUCAGAAUUGGACUCGAAAAAGAAGAGGAGGAAAAACUGGAAGGAAGGAGGCGAGGAGAGUUCGAACGAUAGCUCGAAUGACUGAGACGCAAACACGUGUUGAGCUAACGACUAGAAGAGCUACAUUAAGAUCAUUGUUUUUGAGCUCAUGAGGGAGGCCUCCACCGUGGGGCCGUGUUGUGUCUUUAGGGUGCAUCAACAACCAGAUGCUGUUGGUCCUUAGUCUGCUCCUUUUUAGGAGAAAUAUCUGAGCUCACUCAGCAGACUGCGUGAAGAACAAUGGAGCAGUUUUCCAUCGCCUAACGCAUCAGGAAUCCUGCAGGACGCAGCCUCAUUGAUCACUUGUUUCCUGGGUCGCCUCAGACUUUGGUCCAAAAAUGUACUUUUUUUUUAACUGUAUUUAAUAGAGUAAAAUUAUGCAGGUUCAAUCAAGUGAGACAAAUUGUGUUUUUCUACAAGAGCUUUUUAGGUUUAUACAUUUUAUACAUUUGUUGCUGAAAUAUUGCCACGUCUAAAAUAAACCUCUAUUUUGCAAUUGUUUUUCAUUUUUCUAAAAAAACUGAGGAAAAUUUGUAAAGAUCAUUCCUAGUGAUAUUCAACAAUUUUUCCCUCUAGUGUCAAAUAAAGUGUUUUUUAUACAAGUAUGGUAUAUAUUUGUUAAAACUGUCAACAUGUCAUAAUCUUAUGAGAUUUUUGAUAUGUGAAAAGAUUUACUUUCUCCAUGUCCUCUCUGAGCUAAUAUUGCCCUCUGGAGAAAUCCAUUAGUCCGGAGCAAAAACAACCAAUCAGAACCGGGAGGAGGGUUUUAGCGCUGUCAGUCAUUCUUAUGUACUUGUUGCUAAACGGGUUAAUGGUGGCUAAGUAACUUACUAUUACAGACAAACCGUUUAUCCUCCAUCGUCACUGGCCAUGCUAACCAGGCCUAACAUUUGCAACAGGCUCUGCUGUCAGGCAGAAGCUGUAGCUUAGAAAAGACAAAGAGGGGAGUUA